AUGGCAGUGGACCAAAUUUACAGAACAAUUGACGAUCUGUGGAAAAGACUUAAUUCAGAUGUUCAUCGCUCGGGGUUUACCUCCUCCUUUUUGGACUCCUGCCUUCAUGAAUAUUUCAAAAGAAUAUCUCCCAGCUUUCCUGUUAUUCAUGAACAGACCUUCCAAGCGCAAAAGACCAUCCCGCCUCUGUUACUGAACAUGGUGGCUCUGGGAUCUCUCUUUGUGUGUGAAAAAGAUGCCGUUGAGAAGGGCGAAAUGCUUUGGCGGCUAGGCCACACAGCGGUUGCCACGAGUUGGCAAACUUUGAUUGAAAUACGAGGACCAUGGGAUAGCUGCGAUGGCGUCCAGCUGGUUCUGACUGCUCUUAUUGGGCAAGCAUAUGCAUUGCUAUCAAGCAACACUAGCAUUCGAACAACGGCAUCAGUAUUUCACGGAUUGGGGUUCUAUUGGGCUAGAACCUCAGGCAUGUACUCCAUACCAGAUGUUUUAUCAGGUCUACCGAGUCUUGAUCUACCCGAGGCAGAUAGAAACACCCUCUGGAAAACUUGGGCUGCCACCGAAGUUCAACGGAGAGCGAUCUUGGGUCACUAUGUUCUCGAUGGCCUAAUAUCACAAGCAUCUGGCUCACCAGCUAGCGCGAGACAUCUCAUUAACAGUCUCAGUACGGCUUGUUCGGAUGCUGCUUUUGCUGCGAAGACUGCCGACGAAUGGAUACUGGAGAUUACACGUCCAAAUCAAUCGCAGAUCCCGGUAUGUGAGGCUUUCACGCAGAUAUUUUCGCCAAAUUACAGCGAAAGUCCCCUACAAUUAUCAAAUUUGUCUACAUUCGUCAUGAUCGAAGGGUUACAAUCGCUGAUCGCUGACCUGCACGAAAUUCGGGGUCCUGUGUUUGGCACUGUCUCGAAGAGCCAGAUUGUCCAAGCGAUGCUGAAUAUACACCAGGGAAACAUUGUGCCAGAAACUGAAUCAGAUUCCCAUCGUCUUCCUAUCCUCAUAAGGUGGCACUGUGUUUUUAUUGAGACCACUGCUCCUUCAAUCGCAAUUUAUCGAUGGCUGUGUGAUCACUAUGAACUUCCACAAGUCCUUGGUGGAAUACAUGCUAAGAGCCAGCUUGGGAAUCUCAACCUUAUUCAAUGGGUUGGGCAAGCAGAUGCGUUCCGUGCUAUUCUACAUGCGAGCUCUAUCACGCGUCUUCUUGAUACCUUGCCUCUUAGUCAGGUCUACAGGGCGAUGCAUAUUCCUACUGCAGUCUUUACCUCUGCAAUGAUCAUUGCUACGAUGUGUCUUUUUAAUGGACCUGUGAUUAAGAUCCCGGAACGAUAUACCUGGUUCGACGUUUGGAAGGGUCACCUUUCUGCGAAUACUGAUCAAGAAUCCUUGAACCCGUCGGGACCAGAAGAUGUUUUACGAGAUCUGGGGGUUUCAGGUCAGGGUGAUAUGACGGUCUUAAAUCUCCUCGACGAACUCAAUUCCUUACAAGUCAUCCUGAAAACCGUCGCUUCAAGGUGGGGUGUCUCCGCCCAGAUGGGCGAUAUCAUCGGAAGAUUAGCAGUCGUUGCGCGUGAAAGCCGCCAUUCAAUUCGAUAG